AUCAAAGUUUGUAAAAUGCAGCUGUGAAAAUGUUGAUUAUGUUCUGCAUUUAAAAUGACUCUUAAAAAUCAGAGAUGAGUUACAUAAAUAAGUGCAGUUUAAAGGUGUAGGGUGGUGAAGGCAUGGCAUGCUAUGGUCUAUGCAAAGACAGAUAUGUACUUCAGACCAAAGUAUUGCUGCCCCACCCCUGGGAAUCUCUAGCUGAUCUUUGCCAAGACUUAUACGAAGCUACUGUCAUCCAAGGAAAUAAAAGAUUGGUUGUAUGUGUUGCCUGCUCUGGACAAAACUACAAGGUUGAUCUAACUUCUGCCAAGUCAGCAACAGUGAUCUGUGCGGUUGGUAUAACUUUUGGACUUGGUGGCUUCAUUCUCUACAGACUGUACUGUAAGUUUAUACAACCACUGUUCAAGAAAUCACCUAAAAAGAAAAAAUCUCAGAAGAGGAAUGGUUCACAGGAAAUUGAUGGAACAAAAUGUGAAACAAGUAUGGGAAAUUCUAACUCCAAUAAAGCAGUAACCUCAGCUUAUUUCAGUCCUACCACAGGUGUAGCUUUACAUGUUGGAAGAAAAUCUCGUAGCAGGGACAAUCUCAAAACACAAACAGAAUCUUCACAUGUCAGACAGAGAAAAAAGGUAAAAAGAAGGAAGACAUCCUCAGAUAAAGACUUGACAAGAUCAUUACCAAUCAAAGUACCAUCUAGUCAAAGUGAAAUUAGUAUUAACCAGUUAGUUCAUUCUGCCUCGGAUGUCUCAAACCUAGAUUUAGAAGGAUCACUCAAAGCUAAUGUCAGUCUACAGUCCCUGACAGAUAGAAACAUGAUAGAAUCACUAAGACAUGCUAACCAUGCAGCACAAUUAUCAGAUGACUUAAUUAACCAUUUACCAGAUUUAACAGGUGCUCCUUACAAAAACAGUGAGGAUAGCAUACAAGUAGAACAUUUAUCUAAUAAAGAGAGCUGUGAUAAUCAGACUGCUUCUAGUAAUACUAAAUACCAUAUAGAACUAUCUGAUGAUUUACUGACGGUCAGUAGUGUCUUACUAACACCACCAUCUGAGGACGAUGGUCAAGAUAGAUUCCAAGGUUCUCACUUAAAUCCACAUCACAAUAAAACCAAUACAUUGCAGCAUCCUUUGUCUUCCUAUAGUUCAGAUUACAACACAGACUCCAAAAAGUCAGGAACUGAUGAUUGUCAUGUGUCCACUGCCGAUGAAUCAGAGUCUGGUAGCUGUGAUGAAAAAGAUUCCGUUUCUUCUUUACCCAAACUCAGGUCCCCCGAUCGAUUCUUCCGUGAAUCUUUACUUUACCGUUUACAGGAAUGUCAUAAUGGUGCUGGAUCCAGUAAUUCAUCGUCUUUAGAUUCAUCUCCAGAAUUUUCUCCGUAUGCUAGGUAUCGUAAAUACAGUAUUGAAUCCGAAAGCCUGUCAGGAUUGGCCACACCAGACAAUGAAAUGUUCACUUCUAUCUAUGAAGUAGGACGUUCUACAGAGGACCAAUUCUAUCAUUUAGAGGAAGAAGUUGGAGAUAUUGAGGAGGAGUUUGCUAGUCUGACUAAUAAAUUAAAUGAAUUAAAAAACAUAGCUUUACAAAGUGAUAGUAGUAGCAUAGACUAUUCCCCAAGUCAUCCAUUAGCCAAGAAAGCUGUAGAAAUGGUAGAUAAAACUAGAAAUAGACUAAGUCGAUCUCGUAGUGUAUCUGUUAGUAGUACAGAUAGCUCUCCUGCUUGUAAUGGCAGUCUGGAUGUACCUGAUCUGUCGUGGGACUCGGAGGGGUUACAUGGGGAUAAUUCAAAUAAAAAUACACCCAGCAGUCGUAGAUGUAGUGAACCAGGAAACUCUUUAAGAAAUAAAUUUCAUUCUAAAUUAUUCAGUAAGGACACAAAUAAUGGAAUUAGCUUUGAAAGUCCAAUGGAAUCAGACAUUGAGAAAGACGGCACGUUAGACAAUAUAUCUACUGAUGAAUGUUUCGAGAUUAAUCUAAGUGAUUGGCCCAAAGAUGAUUCUUCUGACAGUCCUUCACAUUCAAAGAUUAAUUUUUCAUCGUCCGCUAAGGACUCGUCACAAAUGGAUGGUGAGACGGCUACAUCAAGUUCAUCAGCUAAAGAAUCAUCACAGUUAAACAGUAAAUCCAGUAUUAAAAUGUCAUCUGAGGCAUCCUCAAGUAGUUGUUAUGAGAGUGCAAGAGAUACUAGUCAAAGUCAAAAGUCAAACGGAAUAAAGGAAGAGAACGAUUGUGAUAGUAAACAGGAAGCUAAUAAUAAUGGUAUUGUACAGAUUUGUGAUAGAGUACACAUAACAAAGUAUGUAGACAGAGAAUGGAAAGGACAGACAGACAGAGCUAAUACUAUCAGGAAGGCUUACUUAGAAAUACCAAAAGUAACAGGAUGUCAACAUCUAUGCAGAGUAAGGGGGGAUAACUAUUGUGGUUUAAGAGGGACAUUAUUUCAGUGCCUUUGUCACGGCAUAGAUAUAUCAAAACAUUGGUCAGAUAUAAACAAUAUAACAGAUAAAUUAACCAGGAGAUAUAAAGAGAGGAGUUCAGGAUUAAAUCAAUGGACUUUCGCUGGUCGACUUUCGUGUCAGGAAGGUCAAAGGUUAUCUAUGAUGUCACAUUGUUUGUCUUUAUUAUUUUCAAAGUUUGAAGAAGCCAAGUCUUUCGAAUCACAAUCUGACCGUGAACUUUGGACAAUCAAUCUCUUGAACUCUGACCCUACAUGUGACCUUCAUCUAAUGGAAGGUCUAAAACUGCUGAUGUUGCUAAACAUGUUAGAUUUAAAAGAUAAACAAGACCGAGAUGAAGAUAUUCCAAUCUUUGUAUGGUUGUUGUUUGCUAGAGACACAUCAGAAUCACCUUUUAUGUUUGUAAAGAAUCAUCUAAAUAACCUGGGGAAUAAUGCUGGUAUUGAACAGAUUGAAAUGUUUUUACUGGGUCACACAUUAAGUGUGCGUAUCCAGGUAUUACGAUUGUCACAGUUUGGUCAGGAAGACUUCAUAGCCUACUACCCAGAUGAUGCUGACAGUAACUGGUCCCAGAUCUCUUUAAUAGCAGAGGAUGAUAGACAUUAUAAUGUUCCUGUACCAUGACAUUACUGGGUUACUAUCUAAUGGUAUUCAUACACAGCUUUAAAGAUUCCUACUAGUGGGAUAACAGAUAAACUACUCCCAGUCUCCAUCACAGGACUAGAUCUGAGCCAAAUUCUGUCAUCACAGAAUCAUUAUACAAAUCAAGGAUUUAUCAAAUAGAAGAUUUCAUAACAUUAAACUAUCAAAGCAACAUAAGACCAUGAUAGAUAUUUCUUCUUUCGUUUCAUGGUUUUCAGUCAGAUGACAGUUAAAAUCUUUGCUAAAAUUACAGAUAAGAUUUAUCUAAAUGUUUUUAAAAAAGUCAACCUAGCAUUUACUUUAAAAGCACUACCAGUGUUAUUUUAAAUAUAUGCAAAAGAGAAUGAUAGGAAAUUCUAUGGUGUACAUGUAAGCAGUAAUGUUGCCCUUAGUUACUCAUUGAAAAUAUGUUUGCAAUAUUAUUUAUUUAAUUUGUGCAAUAUAGUAGGUUGCUAAGCAACAGCAUUGCCAAUGUGUUCAGGUGAAGGUUGUUAGCGAAGCUUGCUGUCAGUCAUGUAUUCAUGCAGCUUGGUCAGUUUUUAACACAUUUUUCAACAAUUAUAAAAAAGUCACUUUCGUAAAUUAAAUUAAUGUUAUGAAUUUAGGAUAGUAUUAUUUAUCCAGCUGUAAAAGUAAAUUUCCACUGAAAAUAUUUGUGAUCGUUUAUUUGAAUUAUUUUACGUAUUAGAGUAAUUUGAGUGGUUGCAAUGAGUUAUAAAAAGGUAUGAUUGAGGAAAGAUAAAUCAAACUGUGGUAAACUAUAACUGAUGUAGUCUUGUAGUAAAAGUGUGAGUGUUAUAUACAAUGUGUUUAAUAUAAAAGCAUAGUUUGUCUUCAUACAGGAAUCAACAUCUUUAAAAGUUCAAGUGAAUUAGAUAAUAUACGUUUUCAUUUAAGUUUUACUAAUAUCACACAUGGAAUUUAUGUUUACUUGUACAUUUUGAACAGCAUAUAUAUAAGUUUUAUGCAGUAACUCAAAAUAAAUAUCAUUUGCAUAAUCAAAAAUCAAAGAUUUCAGUUUUCAUUUUACUCUUGUCUUUAAUGGGAAGUGGAAAUUGAAAGUUAAAUUAUGUUCUGAUUCCUGAUGUUGAAGACACACACAAUGCAGAAUGUUGUCUUAGUACCACUUAGUAUUCUCUACACACUUCUUUAUCUUUCCUACUUUUCGAACUUUCGUUUCCUUACCUAUGUAACAGAAAGGUUGUGUCUUUGGUUAAGAACUAUUUAUGCAUAAGUAGUGUUUACAAAUAUAUUCCUGUUUUAUUCAAUAUCAUUCCAGUAAUCUAGUUUAUUUCCUUUAUAGAUUUACCUCGCACAGCAUUUAUAUGUAUCUGUAAUUCAUUUUAAUUCUCACAUAAAUUUGCUUAGGUUUAAUUUUGACCAGCUUUUCCUAUAAUUUAACAAUUUGUCACUGCACAAUGGAAACUUUAUCACAAAAGAGAAUAAUGAACUAGCUUCAGUCUGAAAUCCUUAGUCCCAAUUCUGUCUCUGCCUUUACCUAAUGCUGAUAAUAUAUAGAUGUUAUAUGUACUUUACAGAUAAUGAUAUCAGAUAAAAUGUGAUAUUUAAAAGGUUUAUUUUGGUGCAUAAUAUGGUGUUUUUAUUAACAUGAUUAAAUGAUUUGUUUUUACAUUGUAAUAUAUAUACGAUUAAAUUACAUUUCCAGUUGGGUUGGUAAAAUUUGUCCAAUGAAAUAUUUAAUUUGAUUUAAAUUUUGGAAAGCAGCAUAUGAAGUUAUGAGUAGUGCAAGUGUUUGUAGAUUUGUAUGUAAUAUAACAGCACAUAAAGAAAUUUUAGUAAAUUUUAAAAUCUAUGAAAAUAUAUGAAAGUAUAUAUCAAAAGUAUAUACUACUGUGGAUUCAUUUAUUUUUCGUGGGUACCAAUUUUCGUGGAUUGAGAAAAAUUUACAUGUUCGUGGAUAUUUAAUUUCGUGGUUUUGCCAAAAUCUGCAUACAAGCCUAUAGAAAAUUUGGUGUUCGUUGAACAUUUAAUUUCGUGUUCACCUGUUCCCACGACAUCCACGAAAAUUGGUAUCCAACGAAUAAUAAUGAAUCCACAGUAUAUAAAAUCUAUUUAAAAUAUAUGAAAGUGACCAAUUUGCAAAUAUUCAGCACAAAAACACAGUAGUUUGCAGAGAAUAAAUAAUGAUGUAACAUGCAGCUAAAUAUUUGUUAGUGAGAUGUCCCACAAUUUUAUUUGUACUUUUAGCUUAUUGAUUCCAAAUUGAACUGUUAUACAUGCACAAAAUAGGUGAACUAUUUAUUCUCAACUGGUCCCUAAAUGUAUACAUAAAUUAUGAUAUUGUGUAAGACAAUUCCUGUUUUGGAAUUGACAUUAGUCUAAAAGUGAGAACUUAAAUAUGAACAUAAUGAAGUAAUCUACAGAUGAUACAACAUUAAAUACAUUGUGAGAACAUUGUGAGAACAUUGUUCAGUUGUUUAUACAUUGUUACUUAGGAAACAUGGUGGCUGCAAACCAUUUUAUAGUUCAUCAUGUUUUGUAAUAAAAUUUGAAAAUUGA